AUGUCAGCCCUUACAAUAUUCGUCCGGAGUUUGCCAGCAGAUGCAUCUAACGACCGCCUGGAGGAGAUAUUCUCUGAAAUUGGACCUGUGAAGCACUGCUUUGUUGUCAAGGAAAAAGGUGAGACGGCUACUAGCUAAAGUUAGCUAACCUUAUGACAUUUGUCAUCUUUGUAAAAUGGUGCUAAUGAUCUCAACGUCAGAGUGUCAUGAAACUACAAGAAGUCAGACCCUGUCAUGCUUUGUAAUAAUAUUAAACAAUAUGUAUGAAACGUGAAAAGUUAAACCACAGUCUGGCAUGUGGUCCCUUCAGGUGCAGAGAAAUGUCGGGGGUUUGGGUAUGUCACCUACUCCAUGGAGGAGGAUGCACAGCGCGCUGUGAGAGAGGUGAAAGACUACGAUGGACAGAAGAUCAACGUGUCUGUGGCCAAGAAGAAACUAAACGACAAGAAAAGGGGAACAACAGGUAUGGAAAACUUAUGUGGAUGCUUAGUUUGUUAUUUAGCUACCUACGUAAUUCAGGUCUACCUUACAUUUGUGAUGGUGAAAGUAGAGGAUCAAACAUUUAUUGUGGUCUUGUCUUCUACACAGCCACAGCACCAAAAGAACCAGUACCACAAAAAGAACAGAAAUCUGAAGGAGGCUUAAAGAAAAACCGAAGGAAAGCCAGACUGAUCAUCAGGAAUCUCAGUUUCAAGGUAUGAAACACAUAAACACUCACACAGAUAAACAAUCUUUCUCUUUGUGCUCCGCUUUAUUGUCUGCAGUUAAGAAAAUAUGUAAGAUGUUUUAUUGUCACAUACACCCCGGAUGUGUUGUUUUACAGGGUCAGCCAUAGUAGUACGGCACCCCUGGAACAAAUUAGGGUUAAGUGCCUUGCUCAAGGGCACAUCGACAUUGUCGGUUCAGGUAUUCGAACCAGCAACUUUUUUGGUUACUGACCCAACGCUCUAACCACUAGGCUACCUGCCGCCGAGUUAGUUGUGAAUGUUUAUGUCUUAUGUUCCCACAGUGCUCGAAUGAUGAUCUGAAGCAGACCUUUGCCAAGUUUGGGACAGUUCUGGAGGCCAACAUCCCGCUCAAACCAGGUACAGACUUCACUUUGAGGCCCUCUGUAGCUCAGUCGGUAGUGCAUGGCUCUUGUAAUGCCAGGGUUCGAUUCCCAGGGCCACCUAUAUAUAAAAAAUGUAUGCACGCAUCGCUGUAAGUCGCUUUGGAUAAAAUCGUCUGCUAAAUGGCAUACAUUCCAUUACUUUGAGCAAAUCACCACCCAACCACACUAAGCACUGUUGAGCCUUGGUGAAUUUUGUUGCGCUAAGACAACUUUAAUGUCAAUAACAUGUUUUCUAUCUGGUGGUUGACCAUUCCUCACUGUUAAUCUUCAGAUGGGAAGAUGCGGGGCUUUGCGUUUGUCCAGUUUAAGAACGUCUUGGAGGCAGGAAAGGCCUUGAACGCCAUAAACCUGAAGGAGAUCAAAGGUGAGACACCUUAACCUGCUGUGUGUGUUUGUAUGUGUGAGAGAGACGGACACAUUUUUCUGCCCUGUGAAUAUCUCGCAUAAAGAUGGGGAGCAUCUCAACAGUCUAUUGUGGUUUCCUCUACUCUGAUCAAGUCAUUAUAUCCUCGAUCCUUUACAGGAAGGCAGGUAGCUGUGGAUUGGGCUGUGGCUAAAGACAAGUUUGUCGCUACUCAGCCAGGAGCUAAGAAAGAGGAAAAGGUCACAGCAGAGAAACCGGCACCUGAAAGUGACUCUGAAGAGGAGGAGAAGGAAGAAGAUGAUGAUGAAGAGGAGGAGGAUGAGGAGGAGGAGGAGGAGGAGAAGAAGAAACCAGUAGCACAUUCAAAGAACAAGUAUGAGCUUUUGCAGUCUUUUAAUCUCUACUUCUGCAUGUCCUCAGUUUAUUGAACUAAAGUGAAUGAUGGGCUGUAAAUAUUUAGACCAGGGGUGUUAAACUUAUUCCAAGGAGGGCCUAGUGUCUGCAGGUUUUUGGUUUUUCCUUUCAAUUAAGCCCUAGACAAACAGCUGUGGGGAGUUCCUUACUAAUUAGUUACCUUAUUUCAUCAAUCAAGUACAAGGGAGGAGCGAAAACCCGCAGCCACUCGGCCCUCCGUGUAAUGAGUUGGACACCUGUGUUUUAGACCUAGGCUACAUUUAUCAUGUCUGAAUUGGUCUUCUUUGGCCUGACUUUGUCCUUUGGUUCUGAGGACUGGAGUACUGCAGCCAGGUUCUUGUUCAACUGUUGUGUUUAACUGUCCUCUCUACAGAGUCAGCUCUAAGCCAGCUAAGCAGCCAGACAGCCCAUCAGAGGACGAGAGUGAAGAGGAGGAUGGAGAGGAGGAUCAGGAGUCAGAUGGCAAUGAUAAAAGUGACCUUGGGUCUGAUGAAGACGAUGAUGAUGAUGAUGAUGAUGAGGAUUCUGGUAUGAAACGGUUGUCUUUUCUUGUGAUGUAAUUAGUGUGUAUGCUCCACCUUGCCCUCUGUUUGAACCCCUCUGACUAUUCUCUCUCUGUCCCUGGCCUUUUCUCUCUGUCUCUCUCUCUCUCUCUCUCUCUCUGACACUCUAGAUUGUGGAGCCAAGAGGAAGCCCCUCCCGUCAGACAUCAAUGAGGGCAAAACCAUCUUCAUCAGGAACCUGUCGUUUGAUACGGAGGAGGAGGGCUUGGAGGAGGUGUUACUGCAGUAUGGAGAACUGAAGUACAUCAAGAUCUGCCUACACCCAGACACUGAACACUCUAAAGGUAUAGUCCUGGCUCCAACACAACAUCAUUCUCUCUCUGUCUCAGUCUUCUCUUAAACUUAACCAAUGCGAUGAAGUGAUUCCAGUCAGAAGAUAGUCUACAUGUUAAUAUUGAAUCAUGACUGAAUUGGUUGGUAAUGGUUGUUGACUAUGUUGUUGUGUUUGGUCAGGUAUUGCAUUUGCUCAGUUCAAGUCUAAAGAAGCAGCAGAGAAAUGCAUUGCUGCUGCAGAGGAUGAGUCAGAGGUGAGACGGAAUAGAAUGUUAAAGUACUAAUGUAUUCUCUACGUACAUCUCUUCUGAGCCCAGAGAGCUCUGAAUUGAUGUUAUGUAUGUUUGGGGGUAACAUGUUUGUGUGUGUCUGUCUCAGAGCGGGGGUAUCCGUGUGGAUGGUAGGAAGCUUAACAUUGUAGCGGCGGUGAGCAGAGAGGAUGCCGUCAAACUGAAGGACAAGAAGGUCAAAACUCAUACAGGGACCAGGAACCUCUACCUGGCUAGAGAGGGAUGUAAGUUACUUCUCCUCUCCUCCCUUUUCCUCUCCUCGCCUCCCUUUUCCUCUCCCCACCCCUCCAUCUCAUCGCUCGCUCUCUCUCUCUCUCAGUGAUACGGGCAGGAACUAAGGCAGCUGAGAGUGUUCCAGCAGCAGACAUGGCCAAGAGGACCAGAGUGAGUACUUCCUGUUUUUCAACCAAUCAAAGCAUCAGGGCUUUGUCUUACAACCAAUCACAACACAUUGUGUUGGUAACUGAGGGCUUGUAUCCUCAGUGUAUGUUUGUUUGAGGAAGGCCAGAGUGUGUGUGCAUUUGUUGUUAACUCCUUUCUCCUUCUGUGUUAGUUUGAGGACCUGAAGCGGACCAAGCUACGGGACAUGAAUGUGUUUGUGUCUAAGACCCGUUUGUGUGUCCACAACCUGCCCAAGUUUGUAGAUGUCAAACAACUACGACAACUCUGCCUGAAAGCUGCAGGGGGUGGCAAGGUGGCCCGCAUUACUGAGGUAAGACCCUACUACCACAUUUCCAUAGCUGUUUCCAUCUGAGUAAAAUCUAUGUCCAUCUCUCCGGGUGAUCUCUUAGUGACCACCAGGUAGAACUAUUGUCCUAUAAAGUUGUCCAUGUUGAAUGACCUUUCAUUUGUCUCUCUUUACAAUCUCUCUCCCUCUCUCUGCUUUCUUUGUUUACCAUUUGCCUCUCUUCCCCCUUUCUUUUCCUCACUAUCUCUAUCUGUAUGCCACCCCCCCCCCCCCCCUCUCUCUCUCUCUCCAGUGCAGGGUGAUGUAUGAUAAGAAGCCGGAGCGGGGUCAGGUGUUAGGCCGGUCGCUAGGUUACGGCUUUGUUCAGUUCCAAGAUCAUGAACACGCUCUGAAGACACUACGAUACCUCAACAACAACCCUGACAUCUACGGAAACACCAAGGUGUGUGUGUGGCACUGUGUCAUUGUUGAUCUGUCCAGAGCUCGUCCUUAACCUUGUCCUGGACAGAAUGCAGCUGUGUUUGAGAGUGUAAAUCCCAGGUUAUGUUUCAGGAUGUUGUCUUUGCCUCUCAAUAGCUGAUGUCAGUAACUGCAGUAAUUUAUAUCUGAACAACAUUGGAUCUGGACUCCAACAUUGUAGUAAUCAAUAUCGAUUGUUCCUGAGGAAUGUAAGGAGAAUGCUGAAUUACACGUACUCAUGUUUGGUUUGGCAACCUACAGCAUCUGAUCAAUAUUGACUGUUUUCUUGCUAAAUGAUGAGAAUUCAUAGGUUGUUAUGGAUGUUUUUUUCUUGUGUGUGUCUGUCUACAGAGGCCCAUCGCUGAGUUCUCUCUUGAAGAUGGAAAGAAGCUGAAGAUGAAAGAAAUGCGACAACAACAAGUCAAGGUGUGUCUCUCUUCUGUGUGUGUGUUGGUGUGUGAUGAUUAAAAUAAAGAGUAACAAUUUUCUGCCUCUGUGGUUCCCAGGAGCGUUUCAAGGGGCGGGGCCCUCAGGGAGGAGGGAAGCUGCAGCCGCAGUCUGGAGGCAAGACUGGACCUCAGAGGGGUGUGUCUAAACCCCAGAGUGCCAUGGUAACGAAGGAGGGGCCAGCGAAGACCCAGACACAGUCGUUACCAUCCGGCCAGGGCAGAAAGGAUGGAGGUAUUUCUGCCCUAACCCUGAAUAUAAAACCAAUAGCUCAUCAAUUCUGGCGGAAGUGCUAUUUUCCCUCCUUUUUCUAUGUCUUCUUUUUGCUUUAGCUUUUUUGUUGUCUCUGACAUUUCUCUCCCUUUUUCUUUCUCUCUUGUCUAGUUCCUCCCUCGCAGCCACAGGACCAGAAGCAGGGCCGGCAGUACGCAGGCUUCCAGACCACUCCAGUUCUAGAACACGUAGAACUGGAGGAUGGAAAGAAAAGACGGAAGGUUCUAGCCCUGCCCUCCCACCGUGGCCCAAAGAUCAGGUAACAUACACACACAAAUACUUUACCUAUCACAAUGUAACCCAAACUACAUGGUAUAAUUUUCGUUGUGCAGGGCGCGUGAUAAGGGGAAGCAGCAGCAGCAGCCUGCCCAGCUUAAGAAGCCCAAGAACCGGCCCAGCAGGAGAGAACUACAGGGAGGAACGUCACUGGAGAACCCUACACAGCCCAGAACACAGGUACACUCGCGCACACACACACAAACACAUUACCCAUGUCUGCAUGUCGUGGCCCCAAGAUCAGGUAAUACGUUAAACUGUCUUCAAUUGUUUUCCAGAGUGCUAAAGGGGCCAAGAAGCGGUUUAGGAGCCAAGAGGACGACCGCUUUGACAACCUGGUUGAACAGUACAAGAGGAAACUGAUGGGCGGCAAAAAGACCGCAACCAUCAAGAAGAACAAGUGGUUCAACAGUUAG